CUUGGCCCCGCCCCGGCAGGCGGUGCGGCUUAUGGCGCAUGCUCGGUGCCCUUUGUGUCCCGGGCUAGCUGGCUAGCGGGCGAGCGGCUGGCUCGGCGAAGGCCUUGCCGCUCCGAGUGCCGCACCGUCUGUGUUCGUGAGGCUCGCCGUGAGAAAGAAUAGAGCGCCGCCAUGGUGAAGAAGCGGAAAGGCCGGGUCCUCAUUGACUCAGACAGCGAGGACAGCGGUAGUGAGGAGAACCUGGACCAGGAACUCCUGUCAUUGGCCAAACGGAAACGUGGUGACUCUGAGGAAAAGGAAACACCUGCUAGUAAGCCUACAGCAUCUUCAGACUCUGAGACUUCAGACAGUGAUGUUGAGUGGACAGUUGGAGGUUCUAAAAACAAAAAGAAAGUGAAAGCUGGGAAAUCAGAGAAGAAAGGAGCCAUGAAGAAACAGAUGAACAAAGCAGCCUCAUCAGGCAGCUCUGAUAAAGAAAGCUCUGCGGAGAGCUCAGCACCUGAAGAAGGUGAAGUAUCUGACUCUGAAAGCAAUAGCUCUUGUUCCAGCUCAGACUCUGAUUCAUCAUCGGAAGAUGAAUUCACUGAUGGCUAUGGGGAGGACCUCAUGGGCGAUGAAGAGGACAGAGCUCGGCUAGAACAGAUGACAGAAAAGGAGAGGGAGCAGGAGUUGUUUAACCGGAUAGAAAAGAGAGAAGUUCUGAAGAGGAGGUUUGAAAUAAAGAAGAAAUUAAAGACAGCAAAAAAGAAAGAAAAGAAAGAGAAAAAGAAAAAGCAAGAAGAAGAACAGGAAAAGAAAAAACUCACACAGAUCCAGGAAUCCCAGGUAAUGUCGCAUAAUAAAGAGCGACGGUCAAAGCGAGAUGAAAAAUUGGAUAAGAAAUCACAAGCCAUGGAAGAACUGAAAGCAGAAAGGGAGAAAAGGAAGAACAGAACAGCCGAAUUGCUUUUAAAGAAGCAGCCAUUAAAAACGAGUGAAGUGUACUCAGAUGAUGAAGAGGAGGAAGAAGAUGAUAAAUCUAGUGAGAAAACUGAUCGUUCAUCUAGAUCGUCAUCUUCAGAUGAAGAGGAAGAGAAAGAAGAAAUUCCUCCCAAAUCACAACCAGUGUCCUUGCCUGAAGAACUGAAUCGGGUUCGAUUAUCUCGACACAAACUAGAGCGAUGGUGUCACAUGCCUUUCUUUGCCAAGACAGUCACUGGCUGCUUUGUGCGCAUUGGCAUAGGAAACCACAAUAGCAAACCAGUUUACAGAGUGGCAGAAAUAACUGGUGUUGUAGAAACUGCAAAGGUUUAUCAACUUGGAGGUACCAGGACAAAUAAAGGGUUGCAGCUAAGGCACGGCAGUGACCAGCGUGUGUUCCGUUUAGAGUUUGUCUCCAAUCAAGAAUUCACAGAGAGUGAGUUCAUGAAGUGGAAGGAAGCUAUGUUUUCUGCUGGGAUGCAGCUACCCACACUAGAUGAGAUAAACAAGAAGGAAGUGUCCAUCAAAGAAGCUCUCAACUAUAAAUUUAAUGACCAGGACAUUGAGGAGAUUGUAAAAGAGAAAGAGAGGUUCCGGAAAGCACCACCAAACUAUGCCAUGAAGAAAACACAGCUACUAAAAGAGAAGGCUAUGGCGGAAGACCUGGGAGAUCAGGACAGGGCAAAACAGAUUCAAGACCAGCUUAAUGAGUUGGAGGAGAGAGCAGAGGCCUUGGAUCGCCAGCGAACAAAAAAUAUUUCAGCCAUCAGUUAUAUCAACCAGAGGAACAGAGAAUGGAACAUUGUGGAGUCUGAAAAGGCUUUAGUGGCUGAAAGCCACAAUAUGAAAAACCAACAGAUGGAUCCUUUUACUCGGCGGCAGUGUAAACCCACAAUAGUCUCCAAUUCUAGAGAUCCUGCUGUCCAAGCUGCUAUUCUUGCCCAGCUUAAUGCAAAGUACGGAUCUGGUGUAUUACCAGAUGCUCCAAAGGACACGAACAAGAGUCAGGGAAAAGACAAAGAUAUGAAUUCCAAAUCUGCCAGUGACCUCUCGGAGGAUCUCUUCAAAGUGCAUGAUUUUGACGUGAAGAUUGAUCUCCAGGUUCCCAGCUCAGAGUCCAAAACACUGGCUAUCACCUCCAAGGCUCCCCCAGCAAAAGAUGGUGCCCCUCGGCGAUCACUGAAUCUGGAGGACUACAAGAAAAGGCGGGGGCUUAUUUGAGCAAACCCACUCUCUGCUGCUUCUGAUCCUGCAUGCUACAUGAUGUCCCACCCUUUAUUUUCUUCCCUCCCUCUUCAGUUUGCCCUUCUGGGUUGGAGCAGCAACAGAGCUGGAAAGAGACUCUUUUAAAUUGCCAGCCAUCUGUAAUAUAAAUCAUUGACUCUUUACUGUAUAGAUCUCCAUUUCUUGCCCUUUUCUGCCAUCCACAAACAUGGAUCCAUGCUAUUUUUAUUUUGUUUUUUAAUACAGCUAUUUGGGGUUGGCUGUAUAUAUUCAGUGUUAACCUGAAGUCUGGAUUUCUGCAAGAAUCUAUUGGUGGCAGAAACAGUGUUAGCACUUGGCUCUCUCACCCAUCACAAGCAAGGAAAGUUAAACAGUGGCACAAGACCUCUUGUGAAGGUCGCCUGCACUUUUUUCCUCUUCUUCCCCCUGGCUCCUAGCUUUGGAGAAGGGCAUAUUUACAAACUGGUUUAGGUUGAACGUGUACAUUUUGUCAGGGUGGGUGGGUUGUGUGAAUCUUUUCCAGAUAGUUUUUUUUAAUCAUUUUUUUUAACCUGCAGUAAACUUGUAUCUGUUUGUCACAGUUCUUUAAAGCUGUCUUGAAUUUCUACCAGCUAUAUUUGAGCAUAUGAAACAGCAGUAAAUGUGAUUUGAUUUUAUUUUUUUACAAACAAAAAGCCUGGCUGACAAAGCUGUAUAACUUGACACUUCUCUGCUUCUUCACACAGACUGAUAAUAAUCCCUUCUCCCUCCAGUGUCUUUCUUUGUAAAGCAGUAGUACAUGUGCUCUUGAAUUCCCUGCUAAAGGUAGGUGGGGCAGUUCAUCCUCCCUGGCUGCUGCUUAGCUCUCCCCCUCCCAAAACUCCACAACAAAUCCAUGUAAUAAUCUGAUCUUUCAUUUUGCAUCGUUACCAAAUCACCUUUUCCUAGCCAGAAAAUAUUUUUCAUUUGCCUCCUGUUUUGAUUUUAUUUUUUAAUUCUUGUUUUGCAGAAUGGGAAGGAUACAGUAAAAAUAUGAAUAUAUAAGAGGGCAGUUAUUUGACCUAUAUGUAACUGAUACAACAUGUGCAGUGGAACUCUAGCACAAGGAUUGUAUGUAUGGAAUGUUUGAAUAGGAAAAAAGAUGACUGCUUGAUAAUCACUCAGGUGUAAAGAUCGAAGUGUAAAUAAAUGACAUUUUAUCAAAGAGCUUUUCACAAUGAACUACCGUGGAUUACACUGAACUAGAACUGCAUACAUUGAUACACAUCAGUGAUCUAACAGAUCAUGCUAGUGCUAGUGCUAGAAACUGCCCCUAAAUAAGGGUGCUUUCCUGACACUGGAGUAAAAGGAGAAAUCCUAAUACACAUGAAGCAUUUUUAAGCAGGCCCAGAAAAUGUUUGCUUACAUCUGAAUAGAAGUUUGAGUCUUGUGGCUGUGAUCUGUGGGAUCCUUAUUGAUGCUUUAAUCUAUUUCUUCUUUAAUUCCUUUAUUUAAAACUAGGGGGAGACACAACUGUGUAAAACCUGAUAAAAUGAAGAGAGGAAAAAUACAAUCUUAUUGAAGUGGUUCUUGUCAAGUCGCGUAAACUGUGUGGCUUUAUUUACUAGAUAGUCCAUAGCCUUGCGGACUGUUAUGUAAAUAUGUAAUCUUUCUGUUUUUCUGCCUUUUUUCUAGUCACUUUUCUCAAGCUCUUCUGGACUCUUAUUUACAUACAUGCUUCUAACUUUUUUUAAAGUGGAUUUCUAGAAUCUGCCAAUGUAUAUUUGGGAGCCAUCAUGAUAUACUAUGUAGGUAUGCAUCUCUAUCACUUGAAUUUUUUUUUGUCAACAACAUUCUCUACAGUAACCAGUCUCCCCAAUACCAACACUUUUGAUGUAGUGAAAUAUAACUGCAAAACUCUUAACAGGGUUUUGAUUGCCCAUCAAUAUCUGCAAAGCUAUGACGUAGGAGCAAGAAAAGAGUCAGCACAGGUUCAACUAAUGCUCUUUAUAAUUCCUCCUAAUUAUCAUGGCAAUUGGCAACAGACCUUUGUAACAGAGAUGCACUUCCUGAUGUUGGGCUUCAUAAUCAAAGUACUGAAGACCUCCAUAAGUUGUAUAUAAUGCAUCAGUUUAUCCUUUCCAAUUGGGUUAGAGGAGUUGAUCAAAUAAAACACUGUGGAACGUUUAGGACACAAGUGAAUGAGGUCACCAUCUUCAUGUAUCCCCUAUUGACCAAGCUUGGAAGAGACCUUCUUCAACAGAGUUAAUGGACAAUUCCUUGUCACCAUGUGUUUUUUCACUGAGAAUAAUGCAUUGAGGGAGUAAUUUUUUCUCAGAUAGCUAUGGAACUAAUUGUGUAUGAAGGUGUAAUGUUUUCUCCUCUUUAAGUGCAUGUGACAGUGAGUGAUGACAACACAGGCUCAUUGGGAGGGAUGGGUUUAUUUGCUUUAAUUCAUUGUCUCAGCAGCAUUCGUUACAAAUGUAUAGACUUCUAUAAAUAAACUUUGGUUGGUUUUAAUAAA